AUGGGUGACAACAUUCACAAAUCAUAUAAGAAGGCCGAUUCUCAAUACUAUCAGUCGAGCCAGGAAUGGCAGAAUUACACACAGCCAGAAGCAAAUUAUACACAGGGAGGCACAAACCAGGAACGUAUGCAAUACUCACAAUACGAUCAUAACUACAUUAACUAUAAAAGUCACCAGGGACAAAACAGCGAACCAAUAAGUUACCAAAACCGCCAGAAUGAAACGCCAUAUCAGCAAAUGUACGACAGCUAUCAGUACGCAAGUCAAAGUGAUCAGACGCCGAUUAUGUACCAGAGCGAACAGCAGAUGGGAUAUAGCAACAAAGAAAUGGGAUACUAUAACAGAGACCCGCACUACUACCAGGCAAGAAACACAGGGAUGGCAAACUAUAUGAAGCAAGAGUACAACACACAAAUGAUGCACGGACCGAGUUCCGGUGGAAAAACACACUCAACUGGCACCAGCGUUAACCCACACACAAGCCCAAAUGUAAACACGGGAAUGAGCCCGAACAACGCAAACAUGAGUUUUGCACAGCAAAUGGGCUACUAUGGAGGAAAUACACCAGAAGGAAGACCGAUUCCAGUCUAUAAUGAAGUCAAGUACAACGUAAUGAGGCCGGAGGCGAAGCAGCCAGGACAAAUUCAACCGGAAAUGAGGUACGCAGCACAAGGAUACUCUCAGAAUAGCCAAAACGACGGGAUGAGGUACCCAGGAGAGGACGUGAGGUACAACACAAAUGAUAUCUUCGCACAGCAGGGCUACUUUACUUUAGACGCAAGACACACGCAGCAAGGGUACGGAGGGAACGAAGGAGGAUACGGCCUGGGAGACCCGAGGGGAACCCAGAUGGAAACGGGGUACAUGCAACACAACUAUCAGGAUGGAAGGUACAUCAGGGACACGAGGCCCGACGCACCAGACAUAGGAUACCAAAGACCGUACCUGCCGAACGCGUCGAUGUUUAAGCCCUCACUCUCAUUCAAGGAGGUGGCCACAGCAAUGCUCAGCAUGGAGUCAAACAGAAAGCAGCAGCAAAAAAAACAAACCUCACGCCCGAAGCAGAACCUGAAGACAGUGCCGAAGGGCUCGAGGCAGAUGAGCGAAGGAGCGUCCCCGAAGAACUCAGAGGGCUCACAAAUGGGCUCAGACGCCUCGGGAAGGGACGCGAAGCUCGGAAAGAGGAACGAUAACGAAGAGGGCUUCUACUUUAAAACGGACCUGCACUCGUCGAUAAGAACAGACCCGAACUACAGCAAGUACAAAAACAGAGGACUGCAGCAGCUCUCGCAGUACAACGCGCUCGCACAGUUCCACAACCUGCCCACCAGCUACUUCAACCAGUACAUAAACCAGAACAUGGGGAACGCAGCAAACGAAAGCGCGAGCAACGCGAAGGACUGGAUGCCCAUAAGGAAAAUCAACCCGAACAUCCUGACGCCGAGCGCGCGCUUCUUCCCUCCGACGCCGAAGGCGCUAUCAACCAUGAGAAAUGAACAAGCGGCACAUAAAAUCAACGUGGUAGAGGAGAUAACGGUGGAAAACGAAAUGUUAAAGAACCUGAAGAGAAGCACAAUAUCGUCUGCGUCUUCGAUGAUGGAAUCGUUCCAACAAUCAUACUCCAAUAAACGCAAAAGGAUUAAAAAUUGUUUGGUGGAGGACUGCAGGCACGUCAUCGGAGAACAGCCCAAGAUCGAUAUACAGUUCACGUGUACCGAUGAGGCAGGAACGAAGAAGUACGCACUGGACGAGGUGCUGUCAACACUGCUGCCGUACCAUUUAUUCUACUACGACAAGGUCAGCAGGCCGGAAACUAAGUCGUUUGACUAUUCCGACUUUUCUAAAGAGAUAAUGGAGCUCAAAGAGAGGUUAAACCAUCUGACGAAAAGCAAGGACUCACUUUUGUUACAAUCGGUAGGUGAACACAGACUAUAUGCAUUCAUGUGUGUGUACACGCAUUUGAGCUGUGUUCACAGGCCCCUGUACCUGGGUUUUACCAGAGUGCCAACAAGGAGUUUUAAAUCGUACAGUAACACGAAGUUAACUUCCAGAGCUUUCGAUAGUGGCGGGAAUGAUGCCCGUAAGAGUGUAACGGACUUUAAGAGGGAACGGGAGGAGGUACGGAGGGAGGCAAUCACCCACGUGUAUUUUAGACCGACGUUCGCACAAAAGCUUCUAAUAAUGAAAACGAGGUUUCUUGCAACCGGCUGGAUUCUAGUGGCCUUCAUCAUUGGAACGUACUUGGCAACUAAGUUUACACUCUGGUUCAGCAAAUGGACUCACAGAGAUCGCUAUUCACUGUGA